GUGCGACUGUGAGACUCACAGGACGUUCGCGUUCGUUCUGACUCGGAGACCCUCAGGUCAAUGCCCAAGAUGGAGUGCCGCUCUCAAUAUGACCGCUCAGUUGUGAACAGAAUGACAUGAUCCAAUGGCCUUGCGAACGUUGGACUUAGCUGUCAUCAGCCGCGCUCCAUGUUCGCCGCCCUCAGUCAAGACUGAGAUCUUUCCGCGGCUUAGGCACUAUAAAUGUCAGCUGUAUCCUCCGGUACCCACAACUUCAAUCGCUAGACGAUCCUCUCCCCUUCACUUCACGCUCAUAGCCACUUCUAUUGCUUUGCGAACCAUGUCUUCUGCUGGCACGCAGACUUUCUUCGCCGAUGCCGUUCUAUUCGAUAUGGACGGUACGCUUACAGAUUCCAUCGCAGCGGUCGAAGCUGCAUGGAGCAAGGUCGCGAAGGACAUUGGGCAGGACCCAGCCUCUGUAAUCGCCGCUACCCACGGCAAGCGUGCCAUCGACAACCUUUCUCAGUUCAAGCCUUCCAUCGAGGUUCACGAGAUGGACGACGAGGUUCAGGCGUUCGAGGAAUCGAUCUUGUUCUUCGCCGACGCUUAUGUGAAGCACGGCCCCGGCUCACGCCGCAACUCUCGUAUCGCAACGCCCGUCGACUCCAGCGUGACUACACCAACCCUCUCGCGCGGCGGCUCCGAGGCGUCCUCCAUCAUGUCCUCCAGGUCGUCUUCGUCCGCCGGGGAAGCGAUCGCCUCUCGCCCAGCCUUUCUUCAGCGGGUCAGUACGAUUCUGGAGGUUGGUCAAGCCCUGCGUGAAUCGGCCAUCGAGGGGGGCAUGUUCGACACCGAAGAAGGCAAGGAGAGAAUGAUUGCCUCUAUCCCCGACGGCCGGUACGCAGUCGCGACGUCUGGUGCUAAGACUUACGCCUACGGAUGCAUGACUCGCGUCGGGAUUACCCCGCCUCCCGUCACCAUCACCGCUGACGACAAGCGCUUGAAGGCUGGCAAGCCUGCGCCUGACCCUUUCCUGCUCGCCGCCGAAUGCCUCGGCUUCGACGCCAAGAACUGCGUCGUCUUCGAGGACUCGCCUUCCGGUAUCAAGGCGGGUGUUGCGUCUGGCGCCACCGUCGUCGCCGUCUGCACGUCGCAUGAGCGCGAGAAGAUCGAGAGCUGCGGCGCACAUUACCUUGUCGAGAACAUGGACCAGGUCAGGUGCGAGCCCGUGGACGUCGAUGGGCAGUUGAAGCUCAGGUUCAUUGUCCUCGAGUAACGCCGCCGCCGUGCUGUGGAGUCGUGGCUAGUAGUACUGUAUGCACUAGAGUAU